AGCUAAAGUUUUUGGGUUUAUCUCCCCUAGAGAAUGUUUUCAUAGGUGGCGCUAUCGUGCUAAGAAAUUACAAACACACCCAUUUUUCAGGUUACUGCUAUCGGAAUAAUUCUUUUACGUGACUUUGAUAUCUAGUUCUUUGAAAGAUUAAGAUCUGUGAGAGAAUACAACAAUGGGGUUCUGUGGAGGUUGUGCCAAGGCAUUGCUGAUUAUUUUCAACUUCAUAUUCUGGCUGUCUGGGGCAGCCAUCUUAGGUGUGGGAGUAUGGAUGAUCGUGGACAAGAACAUUGGCAGCUAUUUCGAGGUUCUUAAUUUGGACACACAUGAUCAGUUCUUCAAAUAUGCAGCAUACAUUCUAAUAGCAUUUGGAGUAUUUGUCUUUCUGGUUGGUUUCUGUGGAUGCUGUGGAGCAAUCAGGGGAAGUAAAUGCCUACUGGGAUUGUACAUUUUCUUCUUGGUACUCAUAUUUGCUGGAGAACUUUGUGCAGGAAUCCUGAUGAUUGUCUACAAAGUUGAGAUUGAAGACAAGUUAGAUGAAACAUUGACAAAAUCUAUUAAAGAGAAGUACAGUGAAUCAACAACUAUCACCAGCUCAUGGAAUGUUGUUCAAGUUCAGGUACUGUAUAUAUGCCACAUUCAAACUGUUCAUUCUUUUACAUCCUUAAGGGGUGGAGGGGGUUGGGGAGAGGGAUGCGACGGAGGAGCCAUUUUUGUUGUUUUUCAGGAUAUCCCUCCCUCUUGUUGUGUCCUUAGCAACAAGGCAGAAGCAGAGGAGAAUGCAGAAUCAGCUCAGCCCAAAAAUGCAACCAAAUGCUUUGAUAAAGAAGAUGGAUAUUAUAAUAAGAAGGGCUGUAAGGAAGGUCUCCUGGACUGGGCAAAGGAACACACAGCUAUUUUGAUUGGUGUUGGAUUUGGCGUAGCAUGUUUACAGAUCUUUGGUGUUGUGUUUGCUAUCUGCCUGUGCCGACAAGUGGAUCGAGAGGAGAAAUAUUAGCUGUCCCUGUGAAUUGUUAAAAGUGACAAAGAUGAGAGAAUGUUUUUUAAAGGAAAUUGGUUAUUUUGAAAUUGAAAAUCUUCAAGUAACAAUUUGUAUAGAUGUGAGGAAAAUUGUACAUGUCAUGUUAAUGUUUAUCAUCUCUAAAAAUAACUUGGUGAAAUUGUCCUCAAUAUUGAUUAAAUGCCAGUCUAGAAUUUUUUCUAUCAUAUUUUAUUGAAUACACCCAAAAUUGGAAGUUCAAAGGUACUAAAUUUGUUAUACUUAUCAGGUCUCUGUUUUGUUUUGUUUUGUAAUUCAAUCUGUAAGGAUUAUGAGGAAUUUCAGUGAGACAAGUCGUAUCUGUGUUUCAAGGUUGCUUGAUUAACCCUUAUUAUGUGGGACACGAUUGAUUCUGCCUUUGCGACCAGUGCAGAUCAUGAUCAGCCUGCACAUCCAUGCAGUCUGAUCGAAAUCUGCACUGUUUGCCAUUCAGGCAUUAUCUUUUUGGUAUGCACCCGUUUCAACUGUUGAUCGUACUGUCCAAAUUGAGAUAGACAAGUUCAUUAUAGAAACUUAGCAGGGUAAGGGUUAGAAAAAAAAAAGGUUAACUGAUACCAUUCAUCAAGGGGAGAGCAUUUUCGAUUGUUUAAGCAUUUGUCAUGAACUUCCUUGUCUUGUUAGUCUUUUUACCUCAUUAUUUACAUUCUCGAAAUAUAUUUAACCUUUAUGUAAUAUUUAUAUAUAUAUGUAAAUAUAGAGGUAUAUGUACUUAGCAUAUUUUAUACAUGUUUUGCUGUUAUAGCUAGAGUCAUACUACUGCAUGCAUUUAAACAGAAUUUGAAGUAUGAAAAAUUGCUCUUUCCUUAACUGAUACCACAGGCCUUGAUUAAUGAAACCUUUUGUAAAGGUGUGCCUGAUUUCAGCAAGGAAAAAGCUAUUCUUACAUUGACAAUUAUAUUAACGAAAAUGAUCAAAAAUUUGUUCAUUGUUUGGCCAGAUGAAAAAAAAAUGUAGGUUAAAAAUUGUGAAAAUUGGUGGUAAUUGGUAAACCUGGUAUUGAAAAAUUAUCAGUUUCCCAUCUCAGUAUGGACUUGGGGCCUCGGUCACUGACAACGAAGCACUUGCCCGUUGCAACUGUUUGUUCUGAACCCAAGCACAGGAUGUAGUCUUUUCAUGUAUGUAAACUGGCUUUUGAAAGGCUCGUGAUUCUACCCAUGUGCCUGCCUGUGCCGGAAAAUAAUUCCCAAAGAGACACUUGGGGUCACCCUCUGCUGACAUAAGCUGUAAAGGUUCCAUAAGAUCAUGAAAGUGUGGUCCUGAUUUGCAAUUUAAAACUAUUGUAACAAUAUGGUACUAAAGAGGCAGAAUGAAGAGUCCCGGGAUGAGGUGAUGGGUUGCUGUUAAAGAUUAUUUGGAGAUUUAAUACUCAAGUUUGUGUAUAUCUAGUCUUGAUAAAAUAGCAUUGGCUUUACAAUUUUUGAGUAUUUAUCAGUAGAAAAAAUAUUAUGUAGAUUUAGUGCUUUUUCUUCAUUCAGUUAAUUACCAAGAUGGAAGUUUUAAAUACAAGAGCCAGUCAUAUGUACUACAUGGUAGAUUAGUUAGUACAAGUGUAUUUGAAUCAACACUUAUUCUCCAUUCAUUGUUGUUAAUGCGAGUUGUGUAAGCUUGUUUAUUUAUCUAGUUUGUCUAGAAUGUAGCAGAAUUGUUUGUUUUCUUUUGUAUUGUUACAUCAUUAAAUUUUACUGGUCUGUAAACAUUUUUGAAAGAAAAAAUCGGUUUUAUGUUUUGGAAUUAUGGUCUACUGUCAUAAUUAUAGAAAUCACUUGAACUUUGCUAGACCUUUAGGCUUUUGAAAGUUUUAAUUUAGAUCUCCAUGUAUAUAACACAUAUAAAAGAGUAAUAGUUCAAAGGCCGCGACAUUUAAUUUCCAGUAUAUUUCCAAACCAAAGAAGUAGUUUUUCCUUGCAUUGUAUACUCUUUAGAAUUAAUCAUAAUGGAUGACUGCACAUUUCUGCAAAAUUCUGUAGGGAAGUGUCAAAUUAAAAGAAAAAUACUUAAUUUUUCAAAGUCUUUAAUGGACUUACUGUUAUUUUUUGCCAUGAUCUCCAUAUUUCUGACUGUGACAUAUUUAUAUUUGUUAUUUCCUGCUUUUUGAUGUAUUUAUUUGAUUGUGAAGAGUCUCUUAGCUUAUAAAGGAAAACAUGAAGUGGUUAAAACUUUGCUUUUUCAUCUCUUAUAUGAUAAGUGUUUUGUUAUAAUUUCUGACUGGUAUCAUUCAGACUGGGUGUAUGAUAAGUCUUUAGGUAAAGUUGCAUUUAAAGCUACUCACCCACAGUUUGGGUGAAAUUUUUCAACAUGUUCAUUUCCACCAAGUUUUGUAUAGAAUAUAUAAUUAUAUGACACUGAAAACUGGUAAAGUGGGUGUAAAUCAAAAUUAGAUAUUGGUAAAAAAUGCAAGAAGAACAUAAAAUUUCUGCAAUAUUUCAAAAGCAUUGCAACAGUUUACUACUGUUUGCACAAUAUUUUUGAUUAUUUUAAGAAUAUCUUGAUCUUAUGUCAGUAAAUUUGUACAGCUAGUCACUUUCAGAGCACUCACUUUUAUGGAUUUUUGAGAGGAAUUAUUUUUUGCCUACUAUGUAUGAGUCAGUCCCAUUAACUUGCAAGAACAUGUUACAAUGUAGAAUUUAGGAUUAUAAUUACUCAAUUUAUAUGUAUGAAAGUUUACACAAGUUAAUAUUUAUGUCUGUGGCUAAAAUGUGUUUAUUUAUACACUUAAGAAUUUUAUAUACAGUUGAACUUUGUUAGCUCCAACUCGACAGGACAAGCAAAAUUUGUUUGAGUUAUCGGUAGUUUCAGCCAUCAUAAAAUGUACGUUAUAAAGAUACUUUGCCGGAAUCUGAUGAUGUUUUCGAGCAAAGGAUGGUGUACAAAUUUUCUGUGUUUAAAGCGAACAAAGUUUGUUAUUGUUUUCGUUUUUUUAUGCUUUCAUUUUUUUAAAGAUCUUCUUCAAGGAAAAGUGUUCAUUUAUCUGUUGUAUAUUUUGUUGUCUGUCUGUCUGUCUGCCUCAAUUGACAAUUUAUUACUUGAGUGUUCGAAUUUUGCAAACUACCACUACAUCUUAAAAAUUUUAAGUGAUGGCAUUUCAGAGAAAAUUGAAUGUUUGUAUCAAAGAUAUUUCAUUUUGUACCAUGUAUUGAAAUUAAUUUUGCAGUUGUCAUCUGCUUUGAACUAGUGGUUAUUCCAGAAAGCUCAUAUCUGUUACAUUUUGCUAUAGAGAACAAGUGACAAAUCACAUUUUAACAGAAGUACACCUGGAAAAAAAACUGCUAUUGGGGUGUGUUAUUUUAUAUAUGUGUACAGUGGCAGUACAUGUAUGUAUUACAUCCAUGGCACAACUGCAAUGUAAAAUGACAAUUCUGUAAACUUCAUUUAUAGCACAGCUAUGAUCCAUGCACAAAAGCAACUGGGAUAUUCCUUAGUCAGAAAGUUGUAAAGCCAGGUUUGAAGACCAGUCCAACAAUUAAAGCGCUUGAUUGGUUAAUUUUGAGCCAAGGUUUGAAAUAGACCAAUGGCAAGGCUGCGUUCCUAGAAUGGUAUCCAAAUUUGUAACCUUGCAACCUGGUGUAUUAAGCUUAUGGACCUGUAAUGACAUUCAGAAACUUCCAUGCAGAUACUUAUUUUGUGUAUGUCAUUUAAACAUACUUCCGCCAUAACAAAAAUUUCUUUUUUUAAAGAACACCCGUAGAAUGCCAGAUUUAUACGAUUGAAUACAUAAGGUGAAUACGUAAUCAAAUGGAAUAUGCAAGUUAUCAUUAUUGUUCCACUACUUGAAGCACAAGAAGAGUGCCAUAUAUAAACCUCAUGUGACAUUCAUAUCUGUGGCUUGAGAUGUGACAUUCUAGUCUAUGGAACAACUAGCUUGGAAUGCAACAUUCAUGUCAAUGUAACAACCAGCUUUGGAUGUGACAUUCAUAUCCCUGUUAGAACUAGGUUGGGAUGUAACAUUCAUGUCAGUGUAACAAUCAGUUUGGGAUAUGACAUUCAUGUUCAUGCUGAAAUGAAAUGACUUAUUGAACAUGUUUAGGGCUCUUUAUAGUAGGGCAGAAAUGACAGAAAUUCUUCGUAAUUUUUUGAUCGCCCAACUUGGGUCCUUUGUUUAAUUUAGUUUUUGGUGAAUAUUUUUAAAUCUUUUGUGUGUUUAUCAGAAUGUUAAUUUUCUAAGCCAUGAUAAACAAUUUGGAGACAGAAUUUGUGUUCAUUUACCUACAUCUUAUAUCUAUGUAGACAUGAUUUUGGUUUAGAGAACUUACAAGCUGUUGAAACAGGUUAUAAAACUUGAGUUUGAAGACCAGUCUGAAAACCCUGGCAUAUGAUUGGUCUUUUCUGAGUACACAUUUGAAAUUGACCAAUGGUAAAAAUGCAUUCAUAGACUGGUCUCCAGACUUUGGUUUUAUAAUUUUUGAUCCAGAUGCUUUGAGAACAGUCAGUAAGUUUCAAAGACGCUCGCUUUAUAAAUACAUUGUAACUGUAAAUAUUUCCUCUUUAUAUUUUUUUGUUAUUCUUUCUGUUUUUGCAAGUUGCAGUGUAUUAAUUUACAUAAUUCUGUGAUCAAAACUGAAUUACAAAAACUUAGAAGAAUACAAAUGCAAGAUAUCUUCAUUUGUUCCUACAACUUACAAUUUAUUUUAUUUCCAAUUAUUUUAACCAUACAUAUGUUCUUUUUUCUUUUUUUAUUGCAGAGGAAUGCAGUUAGCAGUUGAUAUAUUUCUCCAUCAUUUAUUUCUCAAUCUACUGUAAAAUAAUACAUUUUUGGCUAAAAUAGGCCAUCCAAAAAAAAAAAAAACUGGGAUUUUCAUGACUUUCAAGGAAAACAAUUUCAGCUUUUGGGAAUAUUAAACCUAACAUUAAACUAUUUUUAUAUUUCAGAGUUUGAAAAAUAAUGGUCUUGUGACAGUAUCUGCUAAUGCAGUAUUUUCUUUGUAGCUAGAUGCAGGUGUUAGUUUAGAAUGGUUUAGGGCUGGUAGUGUUUUAAGUGGUGAAAAUGUGCCUUUUAUGUUAGUAACGAUGCAGUUUUUUAGUUUUGUUAUUUUACUCAUCUUGUUUGCGCACUAUUGUACAGAUUGGAGCAUAUUAGUUUGUAACAGUAAAAUCUGACUAAUACAAUUUGAGCCGUGCCAUGGGAAAACCAACAUAGUGGGUGUGCGACCAGCAUGGAUCCAGACCAGCCUGCGCAUCCGCGCAGUCUGGUUAGGAUCCAUGCUGUUCGCUAACAGUUUCUCCAAUUCCAAUAGGCUUUAAAAGCGAACAGCAUGGAGCCUGACCAGACUGCGCAGAUGCGCAGGCUGGUCUGGAUCCAUGCUGGUCGCACACCCACUAUGUUGGUUUUCCCAUGGCACGGCUCAUUUCUGCAGUUGAAGCAGACAUGUUCUCGAUGAAAACAGAAAAACUAGGACAUCAGUUAAAUGUAAUUGUUAAAAUUAAGCAUAUUCUGUACAAAACUUUUACAAUUUUUUUUAAGGACAGUAAAUUUUGAAAUAGGUGUAAUUCAGUUGUUUUUUUUUUUUCCUCUUAAAUCAAGAACAUUGCACAGCUUUCAUUUCUUUACCUGCAGUUUUGUGUAAACUUUAUAUAUCUGAUUUUACCAAAAUACAAGGUUUUUAAGCAUUUAUAGCAUUGAAGUAAAGCUUUUGUAACCAAAAAAUGUUGUUCAGACGAAAAAACAAAAAUGGCAUAUAUAUUUUUUGAUACAUUCUUGUUACCAGGUGUUAUGUUAUUUAUUAAAGCUACUCAUUCAUGACUGGGUUGAAUUUAUUUUUGUUUAAAAAUCUGUUUCUGCAGAAAUUGGUAUAAAAUGUUUAAAAUUUUCUUAUAUCGAGAAAUAAGCAUUUAGGUAAUCAUGGCUGUAGCAUUUCAAAUGAUCAACUCCCUUUGACAAAUGGUCUUGAUACUGUGAUAUCUUGCAAAAAAUCAUGUUAGUUUGUAACAUACGCAAUGUUCAUACCAUUCUUUGAGCACUUUAAUAAUUUACCGAAAUGUUGUGAACGAGUACCUUUAAAAAAAAGAAGAAAAGAAUGCCUUAAGUUAUAAAAGUUAAAGAAUCUCAGUUUGUGUAGGUUACACAUUACGUUUCUGGUAUACCUGGCCUACUAGUUUUUAUCUAUUUGUUAGAAUUUUGUAUGUUGUCUGUUAUAAGGAUAGUUUAUAGAGGUUAUUAGUGAUUGUAUUGUAUCUUUUAAGCUGUAGAAAUAAAAUUUUCUCAAGUACA